CUUUUUAUUUUUCACCUGAAAUCGCGAAAGAUUCAAAGAAUUCAACUCGACAAUGAAAAGCCACGGGACAGAAAGAAGCGCCAUCUUUUUCAAUCAAUAGCCCCUAUUCACGCCCUAUUUUUUAACGGUAAGCCCCUCUUCUUUAACUUAGACGAAAUAAAGUCAUCCCUCUUACCUAAAAAUAUUCAACUCCUCUUUCUUGAAAGCAUCGUUCCCUCUAUCACACGCGAAACCCCACAUUUCAUACAAAAACCCCCAAAAUUCAAUUCCACCUCAUUCGAAACGCCCAAACACAAUCCUUUUGAUUUCCAUUUCAAACAGCCACAGCAAUUCUCUGCUUUCAUCUUCUUGUAAAAGGCCAGAGAAAAGAAUCUAUUGCCCAAUUUCCGAUGGAAAAUUACGAUCCCUACCGCUAUCCGUACCCUCCUCCGGAAAAUUCCAAUUCCGGCCCUCCGCCACCCUACAAUCCUUAUCAAUACGAUCCACACCAUUCAUUUCCAUCGCAGCCGUACCCUCCUCCUUACCAGAGUUAUUCUGGACCGUUGGAUCAUCGUCCUUCUCACCACUCCGGGCCGCUCUUCCAAUCUCCACCUCUUUAUCCCUAUCCAUCCCUGAAUUCUCCAUCAUUUUCGUAUCCGAAUUCCAAUUACGCCCCUCCUCCGCAGCCGAGCCUGCAGUAUCAUGGCAGCUUCCAGUACAGUUCUUCGUUUCAAUAUUCUCAGCAGGGGUCGUUCCCGUCGGAUGUUUAUCCGCCCGCGAAGCCGCUUUCCCGGAUGAAUAGCUCUCCUGAUUACCGCAGUCAGGAAAGCUCUGUCUCGUCCAAUCACGGUGAGUCUGGCUCGUCUUCUCUCUAUCCAUUGGAAAAUCUCAUGGCCACAGUUCGCUUAAAUGAUCAAGGCUCUUCUGGCCAAGAUUCCCCAUUGGUCUCGAAUUCGGCGCAUGGGUUUCAGAGUCAGAAUUUGAUGUACUGUCGGUCGGAGUUGGUUUACGGGUACCCCGAUCAUUCAUUCUCCGGGCAUUCUGGCAGUUCCUCUCCACAGAGUCCUGUUCCGCCAUUGCCAUUUGUCGGGUCCCAGCAAGGUCAGAAUCUACAAAUGGUGCCAUUCCAGCCAUCAAAAGCAUCUCUGAAGGUGCUUCUGCUGCAUGGCAACCUAGAUAUUUAUAUCGUUGAGGCGAAGAACCUUCCGAACAUGGAUAUGUUCUCUAAGACGUUAAAGGACAUGUUUGGGAAUUUGCCCAGCAAUGUGGGCAGCAAGAUGGAAGGUCAUAUUCCCCGUCCGCAUUCAAUGACGAGCGACCCAUAUGUCUCAAUUGUGGUGUCAAAGGCUGUAUUAGGCCGGACAUAUGUGAUCAGUAAUAGCGAGAACCCCAUUUGGUGGCAGCACUUUUACUUUCCAGUCGCACAUUAUGCUGCGGAAGUCUGCUUCGUCGUCAAGGACAGCGAUAUUGUGGGGUCCCAGUUUAUAGGGACCGUGGCAAUCCCGGUCGAGCAGAUAUACUCUGGAGCAAAAGUCGAAGGAUAUUUCCCAAUCCUUAAUUCGAAUGGGAAACCUUGUAAACCGGGAGCUGUUUUGCGGCUUUCUCUCCAGUACAUUCCAAUUGCAAAACAGACCAUGUACGACUAUGGAGUCGGGGCUGGCCCUGAUUACCACGGGGUGCUGGGCACGUACUUCCCCCUCAGGAGGGGCGGGAAAGUUACGCUUUAUCAGGAUGCCCAUGUUCCCGAAGGUUGCCUUCCCGAUCUGAGGCUGGAUAAUGGAAUGCGGUUUGAGCAUGGGAAGUGUUGGCAGGACAUCUUUGACACGAUAAGGCAGGCCCGGCGGUUGAUUUACAUCGUGGGGUGGUCGGUGUUCCACAAAGUCAGGCUGGUUCGAGACGCAGGUUAUGGCUCGGAUUGCACUCUGGGGGAUCUUCUCCGGACCAAGUCGCAAGAUGGUGUGAGAGUUUUGCUUCUUAUCUGGGAUGAUCCUACUUCAAGAAAAAUUUGGCUUCUUCAAACGGGUGGAGUCAUGCAAACCCAUGAUGAGGAGACUCGUCGGUUUUUCAAGCAUUCCUCAGUGCAAGUAUUACUCUGUCCCCGGUCUGCUGGAAAACGACAUAGCUGGGCAAAACAACAGGAAGUUGGAGCAAUCUAUACGCACCAUCAGAAAACUGUCAUUGUGGAUACUGAUGCUGGUAAUGGUAAGAGAAAAAUCACAGCUUUUGUUGGAGGACUUGAUUUAUGUGAUGGGCGAUAUGAUACUCCAAAGCAUUCUAUACUCAGGACAUUGCAAACAGUGCAUAAAGAUGACUAUCACAACCCUACUUUCGCGGGUACUGAUCUCAGUUGUCCGCGAGAACCAUGGCAUGAUUUGCAUUGUAAGAUUGAGGGUCCUGCAGCAUAUGAUGUCCUCACUAACUUUGAGGAGCGCUGGUUAAAAGCUUCAAAGCCCCAUGGAAUUAAAAGAUUGAAGAAGUCAUUGUAUGAUGAUGCAUUGCUCAAGAUUGAUAGAAUUCCUGAUAUUGUUGGGAUGCACGAUGCUCCAUGCUUAAGUGAGAAUGAUCCAGAAGGUUGGCACGUGCAGGUUUUCCGUUCCAUUGAUUCAAAUUCAGUGAAAGGAUUCCCAAAGGAUCCAAAAGAUGCAACAAGCAAGAACCUGGUUUGUGGGAAAAAUGUACUGAUCGAUAUGAGCAUACAUACUGCAUAUGUAAAGGCUAUCCGAGCUGCCCAACAUUUCAUAUACAUGGAGAACCAGUACUUUCUCGGGUCAUCAUAUAAUUGGUCCAAAUACAAUGAUCUAGGUGCUAACAAUUUAAUACCAAUGGAAAUUGCUCUUAAGAUUGCAAACAAGAUCAAAGCAAAUGAGAGAUUUUCUGCCUAUAUAGUUAUCCCAAUGUGGCCUGAAGGUGAUCCGACAAGUGUUCCUACACAGAGGAUUCUUUUCUGGCAGAAUAAAACAAUGCAAAUGAUGUAUGAGAUAAUUUAUAAGGCCUUGGAAGAGGUUGGGCUCGAGAAAACAUAUGUGCCGCAAGAUUAUUUGAAUUUUUUCUGCCUUGGCAAUCGUGAGGCUGCAGAUGGAACUGAUGCUUCAUGUGGAAGUCCUGCGUCAAACACUCCCCAAGGACUUGCUCGAAGGAAUCGGCGGUUCAUGAUCUAUGUUCAUUCUAAAGGCAUGAUAGUAGAUGAUGAGUAUGUGAUCAUUGGAUCUGCAAACAUCAACCAGCGCUCCUUGGAGGGUACCAGAGACACUGAGAUUGCCAUGGGCGCCUACCAGCCCCACCACACAUGGGCAAGGAAACUAUCGAGUCCACAUGGGCAGAUCUACGGCUACAGAAUGUCCUUGUGGGCAGAGCACCUUGGAUUGCUUGAAGAUUGUUUCUUCCAUCCUGAGAGCCUUGAAUGUGUUAGACGGGUUAAUGAACUGGCAAAGUUGAAUUGGCGGCAGUUUGCUGCUGAGGAGAUAACUGAAAUGAAGGGGCACCUCAUGAAAUACCCUGUCGAGGUCGAUGAAAAAGGCAAGGUGAAGUCUCUUCCAGGAUGUGAAACUUUUCUAGAUGUCGGAGGAAUCAUCGUGGGAACAUUUUUUGCCAUUCAAGAAAAUCUUACCAUAUGAUCUCAUUCAUCAGAGCUAGGAAUCCCGCAUGUCCAACGAGCAGGUUCAAUCACAUAUUACAGUAAUAUUGGUGCAAAACCAACACCGGAUUCUUGAUUAUUGUACGAUGCUGAUAUUUAUGCCUUUUUGGCCUCUUCUUUCACCUGUAAUUUUUCUGAAGGUUCAGUUUACAUCAUUUGUACAUUAUCCAUUAGCAUUUUAAUCAUGAUGAAGAAUAUCAAAUCUCUACUGUAAAUCCUUCGAACAGCUAUUAUCUUAGAUAGUUUAUAAUUUGCAAAGAUGGAAUAUUCUCUCUUUGUCGAUUGAAAAGUUA